AUGAAGAUAAAUGUGGAAGAAACCGGAAAGGAUGAAUCGGUUACAGUACUUGACGCAUUCAAAGACACAUCCAGUCAUUAUGAUACCAUGAAAGAUAAAAUUGAAAGAAUUUUGAGAAUUCUGAAAAAUGAACAUAUUGUGAGUAUUGAACGAAGCAAUGAUAAUAUUAGCGAUAUAUCAUUCAAAAGUGAUCCAUCUUUAUCUGAUUGUAGAACAACAACGAGUUUGGAUGCUAUAUCUUCAUUACAAAUCGUUGAAGACCAGUACCAGAAGAAAUUGGAAAUCGAAAAAAUAUGGCCUAAUGAUGAAGGAGAAUGGUUCAGACAGGGUAUUCUAACAAGUAUGAAAAUGGAUUCUACACCAUUUUGCAACAUUCAAGGUCCUAUUCAUGUGGAAGUGAAACGAAAUAUUUCAAAAGAUAAGGAGCAUAAUUUUGUGAUUAAUGAAAAGAUCAAAAUUAUCGGUGAGGGAUAUUACAAUGAACAGCGUGUUUUUGCGACAAUUGAGCCGCUUAUGACAAGACAUGCUGAUGGACGGGAUGACGAUAUUUUAGCUGAAACACGUCAGAUCGUUACGGUUGGAGAAAAUACAAUCAUUAUCGAAAUUCAUUCAAAAUUUGCGUUAUGUUGUCGAAAGAUGGGAAUGCUCCAUUUUGAAGUGACGGAACCUGAAAAGACUGUUGAUAUAUUGGAAGAUGAUAAUGAAUUUGAAGAAAAGAUGAAGAAAUUAGUGGAAUUGGAAAGUGAAUCGAGCAAUGGUCAGAAAGUAAUAUAUAGUCUAAGUGGACCUAUUAGUAUUCGUUGUAAUCAAGAAGUCCAUAUUCGACCUAAUUCAAAAUUAUUACAAAUUUAUGAAACUAUCAAACUUCGAGCAAAUGAAAAUGAAAGUGACCCAAAAGAAGAACUAUAUCUCUCAAAUCCGAAAAUUUGCACAAAGCAACCUGAAUUAUCACCCUGUCGAUGCCUUCAGCGAAUAUUUGUUGGCAAAGAUAUUAUACAAAUUGUACGUGGAAUACGUAUCAGGAACGAAAAUGACGUAGCUGAAAUAUCUUCUGCAAUCGAUAAAAAAGCUGAGAAAAUUCCCGAAUGCAAUAUUGCUGGGCCACUGUUGGUGGAUACGACGGAGCAAUAUUUGUAUACAGAAUUUGGUGUAAUGGCAACACAAGAAAUUAUUAAAAUUUAUGGUCAAAAUGAAAUUAACGAGAAGAAAAUAUUAGCUAAAUUAAUUCCAAUUUCCAAAACUUCACGAGGAGAAAAAGAUUUGGAUCUUAUGCCGAUGAUAACAUCAAUUGCUAAUAUUGGUGAUGGAUUUAUUCAAAUUCAUAUCUUUCGUCUUUUCAAGACACCUGACUCGAUUUUAUUAAAUGACAAGAAGAUGAAUUACGAUGUCUUUGAUAAUAUCGCAUUUUUCAAGAACAAAAUGAAUGAUAAAAAUGAACAGAUGCUACUGCAACCAAUAACGCGAAUAAUGAAUAAAAACUAUCGAAAGUAUUCUUUGUUUGGUGCAAUUAAUAUUAAAUUGAAACAAGGGAUCCGAUGCCGUACUUCAGAAGCAUAUUCACUACGUGAAGAACUUGAACUAAGAUGUGCAAAUACAAAAAACGAAGCUAACAAGAAAUUACAAAUGAAUUCUCGCCAAAUAUCGAAGUCACUAGCGCAAUCAAUUCCGUUGCAAGUAAUAGAGAAAAUAUUUGUUGGGCAAAAUGUCGUACGUAUCGUACGUGACACUCAAGUCAAUACUUCCGCAUUUCUUGUGCGUUUCAAAUUUUUUUCACUGUCAGAAAUAUGA